GCUUUAUCCUAUUCAGAUCAAUACAGUUUACAGCUAUCGAAUUAGUUCCUAUUUAUCAAAACGAUUUUAAAUACUAACAGCAUAUGUUGUCUUUAUUUGCUUACGUUCAAAAUCAUACUGUUAUCUUUCAGGGACCCUAAAUGUUGUCCGUUGUGCCGCUUUUGUUUCAUUCUGAAAUGUGAUGAGAAAUUUCUGAGUGCAGAACAGAACAAAAACAAAACGACGCCACAUCGCUUGCGAUCGAGUUUACGACGGCAGCAUAGUGAACAAGAGCAGCAAGAAGAAAACGCAUCUGCAGAUUUUUUGACGUCUCAUCACACAUUUUUCCAGAGUCGCGAGUGCAAAAAAAACGGAAAGAAGAGUCGUAAGGAAAAAGAGUUUUUCCCUCUACCUUGUGCGUAAAAAAGAAAAACUGCCCACGUUUUUCGUGCUAUUCGUCAUCGCUAAUCGUUCCUGUUUAUACUCUAGGAAUAGACCUAGUUACGUUCCCGGGUGGCAGCCAUAUCACAGCCUGAAAUGCCUCAACCUGCUCGAAAUAUUUUACUGGUAGUGGCAUUCGCCGGUUGGUUUGCUGCGUUUUGUCCGGUCACCGCAGCUAAGUCCCGUGUGAUCGAGCUCGACGAAAGUAAUUGGGAUCGUAUGCUGAAAGAGGAAUGGCUGGUGGAAUUUUAUGCUCCUUGGUGUCCAGCCUGCAAGAGUCUAACACCGAUAUGGGACGAUUUGUCUACAUGGUCGGAUGAUUUAAACAUCAAAACUGCCAAAGUCGAUGUAACCACAUCGCCCGGGUUGAGCGGUCGAUUCUUUGUCACGGCUCUGCCCACUAUUUUCCACGUCCUUAAUGGUGAAUUUCGCCAGUACAAGGGCCCACGAGAUCUCAAUUCCCUGAUGACCUUCAUCGAAGAAAAGAAAUGGCAAACCCUAGAACCGGUAUCGGCCUGGAGCAAACCGGACUCGAUACAAAUGUCACUGGUGUCACAAUUCUUCAAGUUGUCACACUUUCUGAAAGUAAGUAAAGAUUACGUAAAGGAAGUAAACGUUAUGCUGUCGAAAGAAUAUGGCCUACCCACCUGGGCUUCAUAUGCCUUGUUCGCUAUCGGAACAAUCCUACUUGGCGCGAUCCUAGGACUCAUCUUGGUUUGCAUCAUCGACUUUAUGUUCCCACCGAAAUCCGCCCAGCGAAAGAGUUUCUCCGAGCAUAAGAAGAGCUUGAAGCAUGAUUCUGUUCACGAUGAGUUGAAAGGCGACGAACUGGAGGACGAAGAUGAACAAGCCGGUGUUCAGGAUGAAGAGGAAAAUGAGGAUGGUGAUGACGAAACUUCGGAAGGGGAAAAGAAUUCUGGCUCGGACUCUGAAGAAGAAGAACCGGAAAGCGAAAAGAAAGAAGAUAGUCCGAAAGUAACCGAAAACAAGGACGCAGCCGGAAGUCCAGAUGUUCGAAAACGCAAACCUCGAAAAGCUGAUUAGACAGGUAAAUGUCGUUAUCAGGAGGUGACGGGUGAGAGGCCGAUCUCCAGUUGAAAGAAGAUAACAUAAUUGUUUUCAUUUGUAUUUUGAAUGUUGGUUAUGAAAACGAUGCAAGAGAAAAAACAAGUAGAAACGCCCAAAAAGGUCAACUUUAAGAGACUUAUUACACAGAGGAAAAUGUUUGCAAACUAAUAAACGAAACAACUUGAACUACUCGUAAAUUGGAAACGACAAGUCAAAAACGUUAAUAACAUUAUUUAUGAAAAAAGUGAAUCGUCAAUAAUAUAUUUCACAAUAAAACUGUAACGAAUCAUAGACGAAACAUGAAAACAACAGGCAUGAAACUAAAUCUUUAUUAGUCGUCGAACUCCAAAUCUUAUUUGUUAGUUUCUUAUGUAGAGUGAUAAUAACAAGUAAUUCUUCUUUUGCUUUCCAUAAAAUAUAAGUUCUUCAUGAAAAACCAAUGUCACGUUUAUAACUGUAAGCUAACAAAACGUGAGCUUUAAUUUUAAGAUUAUAUUAUAGUUUAAAGCCCUAAUACUAUAUAUUCCUGCAGGUUAAUAUUUGCAUUUCUGUAUUGCUUCUACAUGUUGUCUAUAUGUUUCCUAAUAACAAUUUGAAAGUCGUUUCAACCACGCCAGUGCGACGACAACGAAAAAUUACACCGAACUCAAAGCACAUACUCACGGUGUCAUCUACAGAAGAAAAUUCAAAAUAAAGCCAGACAUUUCAACCGAAA